CACAAACACUUACUUCUCAAAGCUGGGGCCAACACUGUGCUCCAUAGAAAGGACCAUUUGCAGGGGGAAGAAAAACGCUGAGGACAGUGCUUUUCUGAACGUGGCCAACUGAAGACAUGGCGCUGGCUGUUCCGUGCAGUCUGAGUGACUGGGGCAAUCCAUUGUGGGAUCAGAGAGAGCAGAGUAGAGACGCCAGGAGGGUGAGUGAGACGAGUGAGAGCGGCGAGGAGGGGUGGGCUCAAAGUGACCAGGAGGGACGAAGGGAGGAGACAGAGGACGACAUGGAUCAGGAUGAACUCGUGAACUCUUCUAAUGAAGAUGGCAAGGAUGAUGAUGAUCAUCGUCGUCAUGAUGAUGAGGGAGGUCCGAAUUCCGAGGAAGGUCUGAAUUCCGAAGAGGGUCCAUAUGAGAGGACCAGCCCAAUUGAAACGCUUAAUGCCAUGGACGAGGCAAGUGGUGGUUUUAUUGAUGAGAUAACAAGUGUUGAUGCGAUAACUGGUUGUGAUGCCGAUGGAGCGCUUGCUAUGCCUGAGCCAGAGGAGAAAGGAGAGCGCAACACAGAAGGCAGUGACGCAGGAGAGGAUAAAGCUGAUGAUGAGGGUGAGGAAGAUGACGAAGAGGCAUUUGACUACUAUGAAGAUGAAGAGUACGAAGAUGAUGAAGACGACGAGGAUGAGGAAGAAACCGCAUUGUACCACCAUUACAGUUACCCAACCGAAGUGUUUCAGAAUCUGGAGAGUUUCAGGCACUCCUCCUUGCUCACAGACCUGACUCUGAGCACUCAGGAUGGGCAGAGUCUCCAUGCCCACUCCCCUGUCGUAGCCGCCGUGAGCUCCCUCAUCCAGAAGGAGCUGAGAAUGCAGUCGGAAUGGAGCCAUUCAGACGUUCACGUGUGUUUAGGCCCCGAGGUGACCCAUUUGGGUCUUGCAGCCGUGCUAGAGUUUGCUUACACAGGAAGCAUUCCUACUCUUUGCACAGACACAGUGAAAUAUAUACAGACUGCAGCUCAUGCCAUGGGGGCACAAAGAGUUUUGGACCUCUGCAAACUGAAAGAGGAGGAAGAGGAGAAGAGGAGGAAGAGGGAGGAGGAGGAAGAGAAGAAGAAAAAGGAAGAGCAGAAGAAGAAGGAGGAAGAGGAGAAGAAGGAGGAAGAGGAGGAGAGGGAGGAGGUAAAGGAAAAUGAGGAUGAUGAAGAGAACAAGGACAAGAAGACGGAAGAGAAUGAGAUGGAAGCAGAGGAGGAGACAACUAGCCUGUCUGCUGCAGAAGAGCUGGAGAUUACUUUGCAGUCCAUUAGAGAUCUGUGGAUGGAGAAAGUUGGCUGUGAUAUUGUGCUGCAGGCAGAUGGGCAACCAUUUCAUGCUCACCGAGUGGUCCUCGCCGCCAGCAGCGACUACUUCUAUGGCAUGUUCACCAGCGGUAUGAGGGAGACACGGCAGUGGGGCGUGACUCUCCACUCCUUGGGUGACGAAGAGCUGGAUGCUUUCCUCCAUUGCUUUUACAGUGGAUCUCUGGUCCUCGGCUGGAGAUGGGUGUUUGAUCUCGUUUGUGCUGCCUUCCAGUUCCAAGUCGAGCCUGCACUCUCCCUUUGCCUUGACUUCCUCCAUCAGGAAAUAGAUGCUCAGAAUUGCCUUGAUGUGGCCUCCUUUGCCAAAGCCUACGGAAUGUGGGACUUACUACAGUUUGCUGAUGACUAUGUUGUCAGGCAUUUUGAAUAUGUGUCCACAACCCCCAAAUUCCUGGACCUGUCCAAAUACCAGUUGGUUAAAUACAUGCAGAGUAAUGCUCUGUGUGUGUCCUCUGAGAUGGUUGUUUUGCGGGCAGUGAUGUCCUGGGUUGGUGAUAACCCUUUUCAGAGAGUGGAAAUGGCCAGGGAUCUGAUUGAUACAAUCAAGUUUCCUCUUUUGAUCUUUGACGAACUUGAGGAUUUCAACGAAACAGAAGCUAUUCCCCAGUGGCCCCAAAUAUGCAUGAGGAAUCUGUAUCAUACCAUGUUUGAAGAAUUCUUUUAUCAAGAGGUGGAUAAAAAACCUAAAGUCAGGGACUACUUCCCUAAGGGCAAUUUGGUACUGGUAGGAGGGGACAAAAUCACGGACAUGGGCGGCCGCAAACCCAGCCAAGAUCUGUGGUUCAGCAACGCCCUCCGCAACCACACAGGCAUCAUCAAAGACGUGGAGUGGAAGUUUCUAGGAGAGAUGCCAGAGUCAACAAGGUUCUGUCAUGAAGUCGCCGUUUUGGAGGACAAGCUGUAUGUGUGUGGUGGCCGUGAUUUCUAUGGCCAAAUCGACAUUUUGAAAUCCAUGUUCAGGUAUGACCCUUUUGAUAACACCUGGAAGAGACUUGCAGACAUGAAGGUGGGCAGGUGCCAGUUCUCUAUGGUGGUGUUCGAGGGAAUGAUUUACGUCAUGGGGGGUGAAAGAGCAUCAACCUUCAAUGUGGACAGUGUGGAACAGUACUGUCCUAACACAGACUCCUGGAGUUUUGUCCGCCCUCUGGACCAGCCCAUGAGUAGCCACGCUGCCUUGGUGUGGAGAGGAGAUAUCUACGUCUCGGGAGGCUACAACUGUGAGUACCAGUGUUUGGUGUCCAUGUUCCGCUACCAUCCCGAGAGAGGAACCACCUACCUGGCCGACAUGCCCCACAGUAGGGCACAGCAGCGGAUGGAGUGUGUGGAUGAUCACUUGUACAUCGUUGGUGGGGUGUGCAGCGACGGCCGCGGCGGCUACAUCGACGACCUGUCGUGCCAAGUCUACAGCCCGGAGUCGGACUUCUGGUACAGUAUUGCCCCCGUGCCCACGCCGCACGUUGGGGCGGCCGCAGCCGUUCUGGAGGACAAGGUCUACAUCCUAGGGGGGUACAGCCAGGCAGACUAUAGCGAGUGCAAUUUCAUCCAUCGCUAUGACCCUGUCACCGAGUGCUGGGAGAACAUGGGAGAGAUGCCGGGUCCUAUAAGUGACAUCCGUGCCUGCCAACUUUGCCUACCCGAACACUUUAUGGAAUGAGGAAGACUGGUGUGUGUGUGUGUGUGUGUGUGUGUGUGUGAGAGUGUGUAUGUGUUUGGUACAGUAUGUAUGUGGCGAUCGGAGCAUGCAAGCAAAGCGGAGAGGUUCAAAUUCUUCUGAAGUGUUUAAAGACUUCUUGCCCUAACUUUAAUCCUCUGAACGCUGAUUCUGAGACUUUGCCACAAGAAUGCUAAAAACAUGCAGACACACAGAUGACACAAUUAUGCGAAUUAAUCAUUAGAUUAGCUUGCAAGCUGGUAUUUAACUGAGGAUGGAGAAACAAGCGCACACUCAUGUAGAAAUGAGACCAAUACCCUAAGUACCAAGUGCCUAAGUGCUUUGGUUGGUUUGGAUGACCCCCGGGCCUCAAUGAGCAGAUGCCUGGGUGAGGCUGCGGCCGGAAAAGUGCACGAAGAAACUUGUGCUAAAUCACUCAUAGACGACCGGAGUAACUGGACCUUUGUUUUGGUUGGAGUUACACACAUUUGCACAAACAAAUAUGACUUUUUCAAGCUACUACACGUACAAUGUUGCAUGGGGAAUCUGUGACACUAAACUGCACAUAGAAUCUUCCAUGGAGAAUUUGUGACACAUAACUGCAUGUAUACCCACGUCUUAUACUUAAAUUCUAUCGAUUUUACUAUUUCAUUGUAUGGGUGAAGGAACAGUUCACAGUUGGGGCAGCCGUGGUGUACUGGUUAGCGCAUCGGGCUUGUAACCGGAGGGUUGCCGGUUCGAUCCCCGACCAGUCCACCACAGCUGAAGUGCCCUUGAGCAAGGCACCUAACCCCUCACUGCUCCCCGAGCGCCGCUGGUUGAGCAGGCAGCUCACUGCUCUGGGUUGUGUGAUUCACCUCACUGUGUGUUCACUAAUUCGGUUAAAUUGGGUUAAAUGCAGAGAACUGAAUUUCCCUCACGGGAUCAAAAAAGUAUAUAUUCUAUUCUAUUCUAUUCAGUAUAGGCCUUUUCCUUUCAAUUUAAUUGUUGUCUUUAAAAAGUGUUCUGUCAGACAUGUUGCUGGUAAACUGGCCUAGCUCAAUCACUUAUCGAUAGAGAAAGAUUAGCUGGAUCGAUGGAUUAUUUUAACGGUGAAAAAGAGUCAAUGUUGAUAAACCAAAGUUAUCCUCAAUAAUAAUUUGUUCAACAUUUUGUCUGUUCAACAAAUGUUUAGACAACACUCUCUACUUGUCUUCUUUUAAGGAUGUUCCUUUGCAAAUAGUAUGUCUCCUCGAAUAUGAUGUUCAUAGGGUGUGGAUAACAGUGACAGACGGGUCGGUUUCCUAAAAUCAUAGUCGCUAACUACUAUGGUAGCAACUACCUUGGUAGGGUCACUGCCAAACGUGAGUCCAUAGAUUUGAGUUACGCAUGCACAAACACUUAACCUUCAUAUUGUCACAUACUACGUUUUUCAUUUUGGAAAUGUAAAAAAUGAGUGCAUACUGUAUUUGUUAGAUUUUACAAAAAUGUUCACGAAAUAAGUGUAAGUAAGUUUUUUGAUCCCGUGAUGGAAAUUCGGUUUCUGCAUUUAUCCCAAUCCGUGAAUUAGUGAACACAAAGUGAGAUGAAGCACACACUAACCUGGAGUAGUGAGGGGUUAGGUGCCUUGCUCAAGGGCACCUCUGUUUUAAUUGUCGUGCAUGUACGAGAGUAGUUUCUGUGGAUGGAUGUUUGUGGGUAUAUGCAUAUGCACAUAUUUGUUCAUUUGUUCAGUUCAGUUUUGUAUAUACUGUAUAUUGUUAUUUGUUGAUUGAUUUCCUUGGUCCAUAUUGGAAU